GUUUACACCCCCGGUUCCCCGCACUCAAUCAAUCUCGCCCUCGUGCACCCUACCACGGAAAACCAAGUACUCACAAACAUCUAAUAGUUGAGGAACACCAAAACCUCCACUACUUUACUACAAAAUCACUACAAAAGCUAUCUUAGCCUUAAGAAAAACAAAAAAUUGUAGGGAAAGCCUGUUCUACAUAUCUGUUGUUUUAGAUUCUCGUUACCUGUCCUGGUUUGUGCUGCGAUUUCGAAGGGAGAAUAGAACAGUUUUAUGAGUUCCUGUUUUUGUCGCGCACCGGGCUUACCAACUCACUACUUACCUUCUCCACCCCACCUUCCACCCAGAGCCAUGUCGAAACCGUCCAGCUUAUUCACCUCCUAUACCGACGCCGCCAGCACCUACUGGCCGCCCGGCUGGAACUUCCAGCGGUAUGCUCACACCACGCCCGCGGACAACGCCGCGCUGUCAGACCAGGAGCGCGCUAAGAUGCAGGCUGGCUUCCGCGAAGCGCUCGGCGAGGACGGCGUUAUGGAGAUGGCUCGCGUCGUGUGGCAGGAGCAGCUGCGCCGCAUGAAGCUCGAGAAAGAGUCUUCUUCUGCCGCCACCGCGUCGUCAUCGUCGUGUGCGCAGAAGCAGCAGCAGCAGCAGCAGCAAAAGCCUCCGCCACCUCCCCCCGACUGGCUCAAGACUUGGCGCAAACGGGCGGGCGGCGACGGCGGCGGGGCCUGGGGCUUCGUCGCGUUCUGUACUUCCAGUGCCGUUGCCGCCAUGCCGGAGUCGGACGUGGCCAAAUUUCGCACACAUGCACGGGAGAUGGCGGAGAUUCCGAUCCAGAAAGCAUUUGAGGAGGAAGGGCAGCGAGCCGACGAGAUCGCCGAGGCGCGACGCUCGUUCGAGAUCCGCUGGGUCGAGGUGGACGAUGACGAUGAAGACGCUAAGGGCGAGGAAGGAAAGGGCGAGGCGGGGACGGGAGGAGACUGGGUUGAGAAGGCGCGCGCCAGUUAUCGCACCAUGCGCGAGUCUGGCGUCCUUCCGUCAGGUCUCGAUUUGCCCGUCUUCCUCUGCGCUUCACCCGCCGCCGUGGCCUCGGUGCUGCGGACGUCGCCGGCGGAAGCGAAGGAGGUACACGAGGGCAAGCCGCGUUGGCGAUCCGGCGACGUCCCGUUCCUGCUGGUUGCGGCUGCGGAGACGGGGCAGGGGAUCGCCGAGGAGGACGACAAUGAAGAAGAAGAGGAAGAAACCGAGGUUGGCGGUGGGGAAAGGAGCUGGUUCAAGCCCGUUUUCAAAGCGGCCGUCGAGGUGCUGGUGGACGAGCUCUGGUGGGUCGUCGCGGAGCAGAUGACGUCGCUGGGCCAGAUGACAAGGUUCGUUCGGGGCGCGACGGUGGCUGAGGAGCAUGUCUCGACGACGGAAGAAGAGAAGCAAGGGGGGGGAGGAGAGGCGGGUGAUGUUGGUAGUGGACGGGCCGAGGAACCGGGCCAUGACGACGACGGGCUAGAUGACAUAUGGUGGACAGUCCACAUGCCGCCGCGUCAGAUGAGGAAGAGGCGGAGGGUCUGAGCGAGAUCUGGAUAUUGAAUCCGAAGAGCUACAUACCUGAUCUGCAACCAUCAGCCAAUGCGCAGGCAUUCCAAAUGUUCAUGCCAACUACUUGCAACUGCAGCUAUCCUCUACCUAGGUAGCAUGGACAAAUCAUUCAAAUUCCUUAAGCUAAGACCACCAGUGUGAUAGAG